GGAUGACUCGUGGUACAGCGCUCAGCCUCAAAGGGCACCAAAGGGGCCCCGUUUCCCCUCCUUGGGUCCUCUCCCUCUCUCUCUUCCUUCAUCCUCACCAACUCAACGAUACCCACACGUGGAUCAUGAGCGAUACCGUCUCCCUCCCACCCAGCUACCAGGAGCCCUCCUCCUCAGGUCCAAACGGCAAUGCUCACCAGGAGCUUCUGGUGCGAGGCGCCGACGAGCCUGGCACAAUCGCCUUUGUCGAUCUGCCCGGAGGUCGCACGACUUCCCACCGGCUUGCGCGCAAUGAGAGUGGAGGGGUGGAUCUGGUAGAUGUAGCUAGAGCAGAAACAAUCUACACUAUUCAAGCAGAAGCAGGCUCGAAAGUAUUCACAGCCACUCGUCUCACCGAUUCUGCCGACUCUUCUCCAGCGACGACGAGUGUGAAACCAGAAAAGAUCAGUCGGGCAGGCGGAUUCAUCUACAAGGCUGCCUUCCCUAACCCUUACCUUGAAGGGACUAGAUGCGUCUGGAAGGGGUCCAUCUUCCAGAGUGUGGAGUUGUACGCCAAAGAUACUUCGGGACAGCGGACGCCGAUUGCUCUUUACAUUCGAAAGCCAAAUGGAGAGCACACUCUUCGCCUCUACCCCCUCUCCCCUCCCUCCACCUCCUCUUCCUCCUCCUCCUCGUCGAACCCACCCUUCCCCUCUCUCCCUCUAAUCCUCUCCACCCUCUACCCCUUUCUCCAACUCUACUGGAAAUACACCCGCAAGACCUUUACUUCCGACAAGAAGCUAAGCGAAUGGAGCGCAACCGCCCAGCCUUCCAAGUGGGAUUCGAGGAUCUUGGGGAAAGCGCAGAGCGGAAAGGGCAAGGAGAAGGGAGGUGCACUCCCGGGAAAUGGGAGGGAUGCGCAUCCUUCCAGUCUUCCCCUCAAUGGUAAUGGGGAAGCGGCACAAGGGUGGGAAGGAGGAGGAGGAGGAGCAGGGCACUAUGAUGAUGCAGAUGCAAAGACACUGCAGACCUCUUCGGACGAAGGAGGGUACGACUCGGACGACGAUCUAAAGGGCGGAUUUAGCGCUGGUACUGGUACUGGUACUGGUACUGGUACUGGUACUGGUACUGGCGUCGGCGCAGGUGAGAGACAAGGGACACCCACUACAGCCGCGGCGGGCGAAGAGUCGCCUGGUACCGCUACUGGUCGGGCGGGCAAGUCUCCAUCGCGCUUGGGGAAACUCUUUGGUAGGAGAGGAGAUUAGACAGGCAGGUCCACUGAGGAAGAUGGAAAGAUGGUGAGAGACGAGGGAUGAAGCGAAAGACGAGGGUCGGGGCUGGGGAUGAGGACGAGGUCGUAGCCAGGGAG